AUUAAAUACGUUUGUUUUUAUUGAAAAUGGCGGAUAAAGAAGAUGUUCACGUGCAAGCUAAAUUAUAUACAAAAUUGAAAAAAUUUCAAAUUCAAGAUACUUUGUUAUCAAUACCAAGCAUAUCAGGAACUUUAGAAUUAAAUGCUUUAAUAAAAGGACUUCUUCUAAGUGAAGAUUCUAAUAUUUUAGAGUUCGAUUUUUUAAUAAAUGGAGAAUAUUUUGAAGCUGACAGUCUUGCCUCUUAUAUAAGCGAAAAAAAUAUUUCAACAGAAUCUGUCAUUGAAAUUGAGUAUAUACUAAAACAAAAAGAGCCAAAAUUAGAAAAGUCACUGCUACAUAACGACUGGGUAAGUUCUAUAGAUGUUGAAAACGAUCUUAUUAUAACUGGAACUUACGACAGUCUUGUAAAUAUUUGGAGUAAAAAGAAUGGAAAACUUCUAUGCGCAGCUGAAAGUCACUCAAUGGCAGUAAAACAUGUAUUGUGGAAUAAGCAUGAAAAUAAUGAAAUUUCUUUUUUAUCUGCUUCUCAGGAUCAAUCAGUGUUAAUAUGGAUGUAUAAACGACUUGAGAGUAAAUGUUUUAGCAUUCAUUCAUGUAGAGGUCAUGCAGGAAGUGUUGACUGUUUAGCUCUUCAUCCUAGAACACACAAAUUUGCUAGUGGGUCAUGGGACAAAAUGAUCAAGAUAUGGGAUUCAAAAAUAGAUUUGCAUGCCACUAAUGAAGAUAUCGAUGAUAGCACAAAAAAAUCUAAAAAAAAUUCUAUGGAUAAUGCACCCACUAUAAGGACUCCUCUUAUAACUCUAUCUGGUCAUAAAGAACCAGUAUCAUCUUUGCUUUGGAUUGAUGAUAAGCUAGUGAGUGCAGGCUGGGAUCACUGCAUUCGAUUUUGGGAUUGUGAGACUGCUACGAACACCUUUACAUUUACAGGAAACAAAGUCUAUCUAAGUAUUUCGUAUUCUGCUUCUAGUCACUUACUUGCUUCAGGAAGUACAGAUAAAUAUAUUCGUUUGUGGGAUCCAAGGGUAUCUGAUGGAACAGUUGUUAAAUCAAUGUUAUCUUCACAUAAUGGCUGGAUUUCUUCGGUUGAAUGGUCUCCGUCUAAUGAACAUCACCUUGUAAGUGGAUCUUAUGAUAAUUCAGUUAAACUUUGGGAUAUUCGUAGUACAAAAAAAUCAAUAACAAAUGUAGAAUCUCAUCAAGAUAAAGUUAUGUGUGUUCGAUGGGUUGAAAAUGAUUUAGUUUUAAGUGGAGGUGCUGAUUCUCAAGUGCAUAUCACAAAGCUUGAUUUAAAUGAAUAAAAAUAGUUGAUUUUAAAGCUUUUGAAAAUUCAAUUAA